AUGAUAAUUUUAGUUAUUCUGUUAUUUUAAGGCCUUCGUUUAUUUGAAAAGAUGAACGUGAAAUAAAUGAAGUAAUCUUAAAUAAAACAUUUUUGCAUCUCCUUUCUACAAAGUAACUAACAAUAAAAAAUAUUACACUUUACUAAUAGAAUACUAAAAACAUUAAAAUCAACUACUACAAGAUAGGAUAUUUAAUCACACAGUUUUAAUUCCAUACAUAAAAUUUUUUAUUAGUAAUAUAAUUUUAUUGAAUUAGAUAUAAGAAUAAUGUAUAUGAGUCAGACAACUUUGGAUUUAAUGUUCAAUUCAAGGAAAUGAUUAAGUAUAAUUAGCCUGUUUUAAUUAAUUAUGUAAAGCAAAUAGAAUUUAUUGUCAUUAAUGUCUUAAGAAUGGAUGAAGGAUUAAAAGAAUUUUAAGAACUAAUUGAAAUUUUUCAUUAAAUUAAGGAAGAAAGUGAAUGCUUAAUAUAAUAGAUACUUCUGAUGGUUGAUUAAAUAAAUGGACUAUUUACUUAAUUAAAUUAAGAACUGAAGAAAAAAUAUCAAUUCUCUCUAAGGUGGAGCUAUUGUGUUUGA